AUGAUAUUGGGUAGUGAAAUGAUAUGGGGUAGUGGAAUGAUAUGGGGUAGUGGAAGGAUAUGGGGUAGUGGAAUGAUAUGGGGUAGUGGAAUGAUAUUGGGUAGUGAAAUGAUAUGGGGUAGUGGAAUGAUAUGGGGUAGUGGAAUGAUAUGGGGUAGUGGAAUGAUAUGGGGUAGUGAAAUGAUAUGGGGUAGUGGGAUGAUAUGGGGUAAUGGAAUGAUAUGGGGUAGUGAAAUGGUAUGGGGUAGUGGAAGGAUAUGGGGUAGUGGAAUGAUAUGGGGUAGUGGAAUGAUAUUGGGUAGUGAAAUGAUAUGGGGUAGUGGAAUGAUAUGGGGUAGUGGAAUGAUAUGGGGUAGUGAAAUGAUAUGGGGUAGUGGAAUGAUAUGGGGUAAUGGAAUGGUAUGGGGUAGUGAAAUGAUAUGGGGUAGUGGAAGGAUAUGGGGUAGUGGAAUGAUAUGGUGUAGUGGAAGGAUAUGGGGUAGUGGAAUGAUAUGGGGUAGUGGAAUGAUAUGGGGUAGUGGAAGGAUAUGGGGUAGUGGAAUGAUAUGGGGUAGUGGAAUAAUAUGGGGUAGUGGAAGGAUAUGGGGUAGUGGAAUGAUAUGGGGUAGUGGAAUGAUAUUGGGUAGUGAAAUGAUAUAG